GAAAUAAAUAACCCUAAAUUCCCAAACUGAUUUUUUUUUCAAACACUUCAGAUCUGAGUUCAAAAUUGGAGAACCAUGGAAUGACAAGGAAGCAUAAAUCGCCGAAACAACCGUUCAUACUCAAACAGUGUUACAUCUUAUUCAACUCGACCUAGGGGACAAAAAAUGUGGAUGUGGUAUUCGAACCAUUUUGAUGACAGCUACAAGAGGGAAACAUAUAGGGAGACAGUUCUGGAGAUGUCCAUAUUGGAUGAUGAAGGAUACUUGCAACAUGUUUAUCUGGGCUGAUGAAGUAGAAGAGAUUGAUGACACUGAUGAGAUUGAGGAUGUUGAUGAUGUUGGAUGUAAAGAUGUAAGUGUCAUUGCUUUAGGAAUUGCUGAGGAAUCUAGGAAGAAGAAUGUAAAGCUUUACAAGAGGUUUAACCAAGAAAGGAUGAAAGGAAAAGUUAGCUUGACACUUCUAAUUGUGUCAUUGAUUAUCAAUCUUGUCCUUGUUAUGAAGUUAAUGUUCUAA